ACCAUCAAACAAAAGUAGCCAUGGAUAUGAUAACUUUACUGUUGUGGAGUUUUGUCGCAGCUGCAUAUAGCACGGUGAAAUCUGACCAAGGAUAUGGUGGUAAAAGAAGCAUUGGGCAUGUCGGUGGUGGCAGAGGAUUGGGAUCAGGCGGUGGUGCCGUAAGAUUGGUAUUAGGCGGAGGAGGAGGAUCCGGCGGUGGUGGAGAAGGAAAAGGAGAUGGGCGCGUGUGGUGUACCUGUCGUCCAGGACAAUGUCUAAAAGGAGAAUUUCGUUUGGACAAACAAUGCAGACUUACCAAAUUGUUUCCUUGGAAAUGGUAUACAUGCUGCAAGGUGUUAAAAGUAACUAGCCGUAGUUACGCUGGAGGAAUCAGUGGUGGAGCUAGAUUUGGAGGUGGGGCAGGAUAUGGGGGCGGAGCAGGAUAUUUCGGCGGAGCUGGAUAUGGUGGCAGAGCUGUAUAUGUAGUUAAAUCUGGAUAUGGUGGCGGAUCUGGUUAUGGAGGAGGAGCUGGAUAUGGUAAAGGAUCUGGUCAUGGAGGUGGUGCUGGAUAUGGAGGAGGAUCUGGAUAUGGCAGUGGGAAUUCAUAUAUUGUUGUGGCAGAUGGAGGUUCCGGUGGAGGUUCUCGUGGAGGAUAUUAAUACUAAAUAUGUUUCGUCUGACAACACAAAUUAUGUUUAAAAAUGAAUAUAAAUUGUCGUAUGUAAAACUACAAUUAAAAAUAUUUUAAUGCAUAA